CGUUUUGGCUGUAAAAUAAUUGAUGUCCAAAUGGAUCCAUUAACUUCACUUCCAAUUCUCCAGCUUCAUGAUGGCACUGUAAUCAAAGCUAUGGUAGUGAUAGGAUGUGAUGGAGUAAACUCUGUGAUUGCGAAUUUCAUUGGAUUAAAACCUCCGAAUCAGUCAACAAUAGGCGGAGCGAGGGGUUUCACAAAUUACGAAAAUGGACAUGGAUUUAGCCCUGAAUUUGUUACCAUCAACAAAGGCCAUGUUUUGCUUGGAAGAGUCCCCCUUGAUCACAACCUUGUAUUUUGGUUUGUUACCCGUCCAAUCCCACCUCAAGGUAAUAUCUUACUUGUUUUUUUGGAUUAUUUAAAAUUAUGAAUCUGCUUCAA